AUGCUGUUUCUACUCAAGACCCUGAUUACGACCCUCGCCCUCCUCGCCACCUGUGCCCUACUCCCCCAGCUCCCCCUGGGUCUUCUCCGCCUCAUCCUUCGCAGUGUCGGAUGGGUCAUCCAGAAAAGAACCAAGGCUCGAAGAGACCUUAUCCUCUCGCGCGUCCAGGUAGAGGAUGACGAGGUUCGAUCGAAACGGACCAAGCCAUCGUCCAGUGGUUUGGGAGAGGACGAAGAUUGGGAAAAAGUCGAUUCCUCCAGCUCCAGCUCCGGGACAGCUGGCCAUAACCCCUCCGGAGAUGACGAGUGGGAUGGGAUUAUAGGCUUCUUUCACCCAUUCUGUAACGCAGGCGGAGGGGGAGAACGGGUGCUGUGGGAAGCUGUGCGAGUCACCCAGAAGCGGUGGCCGAAGGCCACUUGCGCCAUCUACACCGGCGACCAUGAAGUCACAAAAGCAGCCAUGCUGGAGAGAGUUCAAAACCGAUUCAAUAUCCAACUCCAUGCACCAACGGUGGUGUUGAUGUAUCUCACCACCCGUAGAUAUGUUUUGAGUAGUAUGUAUCCCUAUUUGACGCUUUUGGGCCAAUCUCUGGGUUCCCUGGUGGUGGCCUACGAUGCAUUCACUCUACUGGUGCCGGAUGUUUUCAUCGACACGAUGGGCUACGCCUUCGCGGUAGCCUUCUGCAAGCUGCUGUUCCCCUCCGUCCCGACAGGCGCCUAUGUCCACUACCCUACAAUAUCCACCGACAUGCUGCAGUCCCUAGACGAUACAACUGGCGUCAAAGGAGUCAACUCCGGCGCCGGGAAGGGCCGGAGGGGCCAGAUCAAGCGGAGCUACUGGCUCGCAUUCGCGCGCCUCUACGGUUGGGUCGGAGGCCAUGUGGACGUCGUGAUGUGCAAUUCCUCCUGGACAUCGGCGCACAUCCGAACGAUCUGGGGCCCCUCGCGGCGCACGUCCACGCACCCGAAUCCCACCGUCGUCUUCCCGCCCACCGCGGUGUCAGAGCUCGAGUCGACCAUCACAGUGGACGCGGAGACCGAGAAACUGCGCGCCCCGAUCAUCCUCUACAUCGCCCAGUUCCGUCCCGAAAAGAACCACCCACUGGUUUUGCGGUCGUUCGCGCGCUUCCUCGACGAACGCAGCAAGAAACCAACGGCGGCAUCGCAGCCUGAACCGAAACUGGUGCUCAUCGGCUCGGUGCGCCAUGCCAGCCCCGACGAAACCCACAUCUACAACCUGCGGCUUCUGGCGCACGAACUCCACAUCCGCGACCAGACCACCUUCCUGUGCGACGCCGGAUGGCAGACCAUCCUUUCUCACCUAGGUUCAGCCUCCAUUGGCGUGAACGCCAUGUGGAGCGAACACUUCGGCAUCUGCGUGGUGGAAUACCAGGCCGCUGGUCUGAUCAGCGUGGUGCAUGACUCUGGGGGCCCGCGCGAGGAUAUCGUUGUCGACCUGGACGACGGCGCCACGGGAUUCCGCGCAUCUACGGAGGACGAAUUCGCCGCAGCGUUUGAAAUGGCCUUGGCCCUGCCCAAGGAGGAAAAGGUGGCGAUGAGGUUGCGCGCGCGGAAAUCCGCUCUGCGCUUCACCGAGGAGGAAUUCGGAAUCAAAUGGGUCGGAGAGGUCGGCAAGCUCGUCCGCAUGCGAGCCCGGUGA